AUGUAUUUGCGCAGCUUACGUAAGCAUGUUGUCCAGUGUCAAAACCUUACCCAAGACAUUCGCGACCGCCAGGCGGCACAACGUGUACGAGGAGACGCCCCCCAGCCUGAGCCACCAGCGCAGCCUGCUCCGGCGCCACCUGCAGUACCAGCUCCUGUGCCACCAGUGAAUGGCAAGGUGCGGAAACUGCGCUGUCGGCGGAGUGACGACUGGGAUCCGGCUACUGUGCAUGCUGCCUAUAAGAAGCGUUUUCCACACCGUCAGAUGACCAUGGCUGACCUUCCAGCACCUCAAUCUCCUGAGGAUGAUCCUUGUAACUUGAUUUUACAGAAUCGGAGUAUAAGUGUUGCCAUGGCCAAACAGGUUUUGCCACCCCGAAGGCUGCUGGCCGCCACAGAGUUGCAGUCUCAAGGGGUUGGUGGCGUUCAUUCUGAGCAGUCAAAGCGUCCAGCUUUGCAGCGUGCAGUGCCUGAGUCCAAGGAUCCGACUUUCACCAAGCUUUUGCGAUUCUCCCUUUACCAGGCCAAUGCUUUGGACCAUGUACAGGCUGCAUCUGUAGUGGUCUUUGUGGAGAACUCUGACGAGAUGGUCAAGGGGCUUCAGGCUGCGGUUGCCUUGUGGGACCAGCUGUUGCCCCCUCAACCCCACCAGGGUGAGGGCAAAUGGGUGCCUCAUCCUUUGGGGGAUCGCAAGGCGUUCCUAUUUGCUUCUAUGAUAGAGCAAAUUGUUGCGCAUGUGCCUUGCUUCCAGGAAGCCGCUAUGAAAGAAGUCAUGACUUACCUCGCCAACCUGGAUGUGGGUACGGUGUUGAAGCUCAAUGUGGGCUCGUUUGGGCCACGGUAUCCCACGUCCCACACCAAAGGCUGGCAGGCCUUGGGUCUGGGAGCCCUCUACGGCUUCGGUGGCGCAGUCCGAGUUUCGUGA